AUGUCGCGAUGUUACAUUCUAGCAGCAAAGUCGGGUGUUUUGCAGCAUCAACAUCAGUCUAUGGUCACUGCUUCAGAUAUGCUCUUUAAUCCCAAGGAGCUUUUUGAAGAUCAGAAUAGGGCUGCUAGGCAAGUAGCCAUGAAGGCUUUAAUGAACACUCAGAUGGCUGAAGGGACACCUAUUGACAUUAUCCUUAUGAGCUUGUCCAAGAGUUUUGAGCAGUUCCUCUUGAAUUACAACAUGAAACAGAGGCAAUAUAGUCUUGCGGAACUGCUGACAGAACUUCAGGCAGCUGAAAGAUUAUUUCGGCAGAGUGUUCAAGUGAAUGUGGCUGAGAAAGGUUCUUCCUCUAAGCCGAAAGAUAAUUAA